UACCCCAGUAAAGCAUACUGGGAGUUGUAGGCUGCGCCGUUUUUGCUCCCGCACUGGCGUUACAAAGUCCACCUUAAAUGCACCUCAGUGGACAUUUCCUUGUUAUGCAGAUUAAACUAUCACCAUCACGGGAUACGGAUUUCGUUCUUCUGCGCUCCGCGUCCCAGAUCGCACUAAACCAGCCUGCUGAUCCUCAAGUGCGGGCGCUUAACCGUGAACUCUGUCGCCGGCACCGGCUGGAUCGGCAUCAGACGUUUAUCAUACCCUUCAGGGGCAUGUUGCUGAACGCGAUCCAGCGAUCGUACAUAAAAGCGAAAGAAGCGGCUGUCUAAAGCGGCGGCGGAGGUGCCUCGCGGGAGGUGCCGCGCGGAGCAGCGGAGCGCGCGCCCGGACUGCUUCUCACCUAGACGCGAGCGCCGGUCGGGGUCGCUGGUCUCUAGUCUGGUUCGCUGGUCUCCAGUCUGGGUGGGGCUUCCCAGUUCCGUAAUUCGCUGCCAGAAACACCUCUUCGCUCAUCCGCACGCCUCAAAGACAGAAACCGAAAAAGGGGCGGCGAUUCUGCCUUUUUUCUCCCCUCUCGGCUUUCUCCUUUGGUACUCUUCUUCCGAACUCGUCUUCCUCUCUGUCCAACAUGGCUACUCUCUCAGCCUGGUUUUGGAACGAGAGGUUCUGGCUUCCUCAUAAUGUGACCUGGGCGGACCUCGCGGAUCCCGCACCCGGAGUGGAGUACCCUAAAGCGGGACAUCUGCUCUCCGCCUUGCCGCUGGCUGUGCUCAUUUUCGGUGUCAGGAUACUUUUUGAAAGAUUCAUCGCGAGGCCAUGUGCUUACAUGCUGCGGAUCCAAGCAGAAGCGAUCAGGCGAGCCCAGCCCAAUGCCGUCCUGGAGAAAGUGUUUACAUCCAUCACAAAGUACCCUGACACGCAUCGCCUCAACGGCCUAUCCAAGCAGCUAGACUGGGAGGUACGCAAAGUGCAGCGCUGGUUCCGGCAUCGGCGCAACCAGGACAAACCCGGCACCCUUACGAAGUUCUGCGAGAGCAUGUGGAGGUUUACAUUCUAUCUGUUCAUAUUUACCUAUGGAAUUCAGUUCCUAUGGCAGUCUCCUUGGAUGUGGGACACACGAAAAUGCUGGUAUAACUACCCCUAUCAGGUCCUCUCCCCGGGGCUCUAUUACUACUAUGUGACUGAACUGGCUUUCUACUGGUCACUCAUGUUUUCCCAGUUCAGAGACAUCAAGAGGAAGGAUUUCCUCGUCAUGUUCGUCCAUCACCUGGCAACGGUCAGCUUGAUCAGUUUCUCUUAUGUCAACAACAUGGUACGAGUGGGAACCCUGGUCAUGUGCGUGCACGAUGCCUCGGACUUCCUGCUGGAGUCUGCUAAGCUGGCUAACUAUGCUAAGUACCAGAGGCUCUGUGACUCGCUCUUCGUGCUGUUCGGCAUGGUUUUCGUCACCACACGACUUGUCAUCUACCCGUUCUGGAUCCUAAACACCACCCUCUUCGAGAGCUGGGCCAUCGUCGGGCCUUAUCCAUCUUGGUGGCUCUUCAACGGGCUGCUGCUUGUCCUCCAGGUCCUCCACAUCAUCUGGUCCUACCUCAUCGCACGCAUCGCCUUCAAAGCCAUGCUGCGUGGAAAGGUAUCUAAGGAUGACCGCAGUGACAUAGAGAGCAGCUCAGAGGAGGAAACUGAGAUCAGCAAGGACAAGACAGUUUCGUCGCCCAAGGGCGAGAACGGAACCAAUGGCCACUCCGUCACGGCCGCGUGGGCACAGGACCACGGCUCCUGGGGGGAGCAGUGAAGCAGAGCACACCUCCCUUCCAGCAGACCCUUGGACGAAACCCCUUCUCUCCAUCUCAGUGCCUCUCUCUAUUCCAGACAGUCCUGAACCUCAUUGAACACUUUAAACCUCUACCCACCCCUCUAUCACAAUUUCAAGACUGAAAAUAAUGCAUGGAGUAUGACAAUGGACAAAAAGGAUGGGUGAACAGGCAAUGAGGUUAAAGAUAGCUGUGGAAACCAAAAAACGGAAGGACAUUUUCCAAAAAUGAAAAAUGAAUUGAUGAUGUCGUCUCACUUCACUUUUUACUGAAGUCAGGGGGAAUUUCCUCCCUCCUAUUGGUCAAAUGUACUUGAGUUUUUUUUUUAUUAUUAUUAUGAUGCUGUCGUCUUUGUUUUGUCUUUUUCAGCACAAGGUUAUUAAAAUGUUUAAUGUAAUUCUUGCUUGGGUCAAAUCUCAGUGUCCAAAAGUAAAUUCCCACUUUAGUAAGAUC